AUGGCUACGAGCCGCAAUUACACCGAUGUGGAAGAACAGCUGCGCGCCUGGCAACGGAAACAAGAAAAAAAAAUUGUGGUGAGUUGUAUGGAUUGGCAAAAUAUUGAGUCCAACCUGCCACUCCUUAUUCCAAUCAUUGGCAUAACACUCGUUACUUGUUUUGUCUUCAUGCUCAUUCCAUUUAUUGGUCGCAUGAAAUCGGGUAAACAAAAUCCUGGAUUGGCCUGUCGGUAUUCCGCCAACCUUGGCAGUUCACGUGCGCUGUUGUUUGCGUCGAGGUUUAAUGCACCACUCUUUUCAGCGUUCCUUACCAUUUGGCUUUUACUUUGUUUAGCAAAUGUGGUAUUUUAUCUUAUGCAGGUGGCCGCUAAAGACCCAACAUGGGCGGAGCGGGUGCUAACCACACCUGAUGGAUUUCUGGAACCCAUGGUGCUUCUCUACAUUGUUCAAUACUGGGGUAUUUCUUCACUGCUUAUCCAUGUAAUCUUCACUUCACACCACUAUAUGGUGGGAUGUAUGGCUUCAUUCCUCCCCUUUCUCGUGAGUUUUUAUCAGGCAACCCGUUUACAGGGGGACGAAGUGGAUGAUUGGCCUGUCAUAGCCAUCAAGGCAGCGCUUUUGUUUUCUUUUUUUGCAACGGUGGCCUUCACUGUACCGUGGAUGCGGAACGAAUACCGCAUUGCAAUGCGAGAAAUCGAUGCCCAUACCUCACGCGCAUUGGGUUUACGAAGGAAAACGGGGAAGAUGCCUGAAAGGAAGAAGUGA